AUGUCCCCCCUGCGCACGGGCCCUUCGCCCCACUCCGCGCCCAACCCUCGGCGCCUGGCGGGCAAUGUGUCGCCCCCCACGGGCCUCCCCCCGCCGCGCACCUCCCGGAAUCCCCAGGGCCCGGCCCCCCCCGGCAGCGCGCCCUCCUGCCCGUCGCCCGCAACCCCCCGCGCCCCCCGCCUACCGCACCCGGCCCCGCCCGCGCCCGACAACCCCACCACGCCCACGCAAGGCCCCGAGCACAACCCCCCCCCCGCUCGCCUCUCCCCCCCGUCGCGGCCAGGCCCCCGCGUCCCCGCACCUCCUACCUCCCCCCCUCCCGGCGGCGAGUCCCCCCUGCUCCGGCCAAUGCCCCAGGCUUCCCCGCCCAGGCGCCGGCCCCAGAGCCCGCCCCGGUCCGCGGGGCCCGCCCCCGACCCCCCGCCCCCCCUGCGCACAGGCGAUCCUCCGCGCUACCCCAAUCGCACCCCCGCCAGGCGCCGCCAGCGGGGCGGGGCCCACCCCAACCGCCGCCCCCCGCACCUUGCCCGAGGACCCCUCGACGCCCGCCCUACGCUGGGCCCACGUCCACUCGCCGGCCCCCGGCCCCCCGAGGCCGCCCCCCGCGGCGCCCCCACGCACACCACGUCCGCCCGCAGUCCCCGGACGCUCACCACCGAGCCGCCAAAGUGUCGCCGGCCCCCAGCCCCCGCACCGCCCCGUCGGCAGGUAUGCCGCCCCGCCCGCCGAAGGCCCAGGCGAACGCUCGCCCAAGGACCCCCCCACGGAAUACAACGCCCACAUCCCAUCGGCCAUGCCCGCGCCAACCCAAGGACAGAGAUCCCACCCACGGACCUACAACCACGCCCAUCAGCGAGCAGAAACCACAGACAUAGCGCCCCGGCAGCCCCCCCGCCGCCGCACCCUCGGCACCCAACUACCCCGUCACCCAUGACGGACCCAAUCCCUGUCCCACGCAAAGGCCGUGGCAAGCCUCGGGCAACCUCUCUUCACACAAUAGAACCCCGUCCACGAGCCUCGUCCCAGCCCGCACCCUAUAACCAACCGCCCCCCACUGCAGCGCUCCCCACACACCCGCCCCUGCAAGCUGGCCCCGACCGUCACCCCACCCUCCCCCAUCCCACACCCGCCCCCCAUUCCUGCACCCCCCUCGCCCCCCGGCCGCGCCCUCCCACCCACUGCCCUCAUCACCCGCUGCGCCACCCCCUGCCCGCCAACCCCACGAAACGCCCGGCCCUGCGAAGGGCUCACCCACCGGCGCCCACCCUCGCCCCUCUGCCGCCACGCACACGCAUCUCGACGCGCAGCCCCCAACCCCCCCCCCGGCACCACCCGCCCCCCCCCCCACACGACCACCCCGGCCCCAACCCUCCCCCAGCGCGUCCAUCUCCCCACCCCCACCUUACUCGCCCCUGCCCGCGCCCCACUCCCAUCCUCGUAAAGGCUCCCCCCCAACGCGCGGAUCCCGCACCGGCACACCCGCUCCGUAUCCCGCCCCACCAUUGCCCCCACGCACGCCACGCCCGCCUGGCCACCCGCCCUCUUUCACCCCCGGCCCCCCCCGUGAUCGCCCUACCGGGCGCCCGCCCCCCAAACGUGCCGCACGGCACCGACGCCCGCGAUCUCACGCCCCCCCCUCCCACCAGCCUGUCCACCGUGCGGCCUCACGCGACGGCCGGCCCGCCCGCCGCCCCCCGGGCCAUCCCCGGCCUGCCUCCUAACAACGCCAGCGACCCUCCAGACCGCGUGUGGCCAGCGGCCCCCCGCCGGCCCCUGCCGCCCCCGAAGCCCCCCGCCGGCGCCCAACCCCCCGCACGCAAAGGGUCGGAGCCCCACUACCCCCUGCGUCCGCCCAAAGACCUACUCACCACUUCCCCCGCCACCUCCUCCACCGGCGACUCACCUACCCCCCUCGUGCGCCGAGCCCGCAGGCGCCCGCAACCGCGCCCCCCCUAA